AUGUGGAGUCGACUGACUGAGGGAUUAGCUGACAUUGUUGCACCGGAAGAAGGCAUUGAAGAGGAGGAGGAAAGUGAUACAGAUCAGCUCUGGAAUCGGUUUACUGCGGUUGUUGCACCACCACCUCCUCCUUCACCUUUACCAUCAUAUUCUGAUCGUACGAGAGCUACUGGGAAGAACGAGGAUACGCAAGAACUGUAUAUUUGUGACCUGGAGCGCGCUUUGGUCCAAUGCAAAAAGCAGAACGAAACGUUGGAAAAUCAAGUUCGAGAGUUUGAAAACCAAAAUCGACAAGUUCAAAAAUAUCGAAAAGAGCAGGCGGUCGAGAGUACUCAACAAACGGCUCAUCUGGAACGAUUACGAGAUAAUACAAUCAACUUGCAUGCGAACGAUGGAGAUCGAGUUGGAGUCAAGUCAACUCAAUUUGAACAAGAAAAAUUUCAACGGUCUCAAGCUCAGGUGAAGGCUCUAAAGACACAAUGUCAAGCUUACAAGGACGAGUUGAUUCUACUGCGUGAUACAACCAAAAAAUUGCAGACAGCUAAUGAGACGUUACAAGAUGAGAAACGGAAAAUGUGCUCAAGAUUAGCUGAGUAUGAACAAGAAUAUGAGGAGCUACUGGCGGAGUUGAAAAUGAUCAAGGCAGUAAAUGAGGAAGAAAAGACAAAAUUGAUGGUGAAAAAUGACGCACAUAGGAGCUCGAUUGAUAGUCAGCGACUGUAUGAUCUGGAAGCUCAGCUAAAAGCAUCAGAAGCGGAUAAGGUAAUCGCUCAGCAAGAUGUAGAACGAUUAGAGCAUGAUCUGGACGUCCUUGGAGAUGUUUUACAUCAAUUUCAGGUCGAUAGUAAGGCCCAGAAGGAGCAUGUGGCUACAGUCGAAGCAGAGCUGGAACGAGUCAAAAAAGAGUUGGAGACGCGUCAGCCUCGUUUGGAGCCUCACGAAGGACCAAUGAAUGAUUUAGAGCGAGUGAUGGGACAACUUGCGAAAAAGACGCAGGAGUGUGAUCAGCUUCGUGAGGCGCUUGAAAGCACAGCAACACAAUACAACUCGGAGCGUGAUGUCAUAGACAAAAGGCUUGCUGCUCAAUUAGUGGUAGCGUAUGUGGACAGCAACAAGAAGGGUGAAGUACUUGAACUCAUGGCGCGGAUUAUGGGAUUCACAGAGGAUCAGAAACGCCGCGUUGGCGUGGGUUACCCGAUUGAAGGCAACGGCGGAGGUGGACUCUUUUCAUCGAUUAUCGGACUCGUGAGUCCAGGUGAAGGUGAAAAUACUCCCGUUGAUCCAUCUACGAUUGAAGGUAAGAAUUUUGCAGACAUCUUGUCCGAGUUCUUGCUUGAGGAGGCAUCCAAAGGACAUUAG